AUGAGUAAGGCACUGAUAUCAGCAACUUUCAGGCACCUGGAUCGAGCAGUUCCAUGUUAUUUUGCUCCUACAUUUAUUGCCGCUAAAACUAUAACUUCAAAAUCAACACAGAAAAAGAUCGCUGAAUGUUGCAAUAUUCUCAAUAUCCCAAUAGACUCCAAGCAGGAUGUAGUCCGUCAGGCCUUCUUGGACCUUGCUAAGAAAUACCAUCCAGAUUCUGGGUCGCCAGAAGCUGACAUGGACAAGUUUGUGGCUGUGGAGAAUGCAUUCAGAGUCCUUAGUAAACACAACACUGGUGCUAGUAAUAAAGAAGAGGUUGAGAAGAUUGUGUUUGAUAUAAGACACACAGCACCACAACACAGACAGUACCUAAGUUACGAGGGUUAUGGCCAUGGAACCAUAUUCCAAAGACAGAAGCAGUACACGCAGGCCAGAGCUAUGAAGGCAGCCAUCAACGUCAUGGAACACCGCCUUGAAAAAGCAGUAGCUUCUGAUAAAACCCUCAUGAAAAAAGGUCAAGGAUAUGGCAAGAAACAUGAUAUCAAAACUAAAUACGGUUUUGAUAGACUGGUUGAAGAUUUAAUACAAGAAUCAAUGUCUAAAGGAGAAUUUGAAAAUCUAAGUGGCAAAGGAAAGCCUUUGAAGAAUCAAAACAAUAAUCCUUAUGUUGAUUUUACUACACAUAAGUUAAAUGAGGUCCUCAUAAACAACGGCUUCACACCCGAAUGGAUAACAUUAGCUAAAGAAAUAGACAAAGAGAUAGACAGUUUAAAAGAAGAAAUCCGUUCAGACAGAAUGUACCUCGGUCCUUAUCCGUUCAACGAAGAGGAUGUAACGAAAUGGGAGAAAAUAUACGAAAGUAAUAAAGAACUAGCAUCAUCGAUUAAUAUGAAGAUAAAUAAGUAUAACUUAAUAGUUCCUUUGAUGAAUAAACAGAAGUUUCAUGUGGAGUUUGAUAAAAUAUGUGACGAAAUAUUGAAGAAUGGUCUUCAUUCUGUUGCCAGGGUCAAGAAAGAGAACAUUGAUGUUACGAAACCUAAUGAAUAUGCUAGUAAUGAUAGCGACGAUUUAUUUGGAAUAUUUUUCAAAGGUUUAGGUGAUUUGAUUAUGUUCAAAGAUAAGAAUAAAUCUUGA